GCUUUGCCUCAUGUGUGCGUAGACCGAUACAAAGGGGGAUUCUUACCAUGAUGAUGAGAAUCUCAAGGUCUGGGUGAUGCAUAUGCACAGCAUUCAGCUUCGAAAGGGAUUUACCGAAAGGAAUUGCGCAGGGCUGUGGGACUAGUCUUGAAUCGCGCCCUGAACACGGUGCCGGCGACUCGAAAUAUCCGGUGCAACCACGUCGUGCAUGAAGAUUCUGCGAAUGAGCCACAAGACUUGAGAAUAGGAUCAAGAUGUCUUCUACCAAUAAGGUCAGUAUCAAUGAUGAUGCAAACCUAAUAAUAAAAAAUGGGUCUCUGUUGAUGGUUUCGUGCUCGUUGAGAAGAGUGGUUGAUGUGAACCCUUUACAGUGCAUUAGUUCGUGUCGAUUCCAGAGACGAAAAACAAAAAUGAUGGCAAGAAGUAAGGAGAUUUUUGGCAGGGACCAAAGCAAAAUUGAACCACUACAGAGCCUGCGACCUGAUAGAACCUUUGAGUGGAUCCUUUGGAAAAAUGUCUCUUGGAGCUGGGUUGUAUGGUUAGGAAAGCCUCCACAAGUCCAAAGCCAAAUCCGACCUGGGGUCCACCUUGCCAUUUUCCAGAGUAACGGGGUCGUGGGGAACGAUGAUCCGGGCCACUGUCGGAUGCAGCAGUCUGUUACGGCGAAUGCUAGUUGCAAGCGAGCAAAAGACUAGCGAUGUAGACGCGAUGACUACAAGGCUCCACCUAGGGAGUAUUUGAAAAGGGGGAUACCGACUGGAUAAGUGUGGUGUUCCAGUAAGAUAACCGUCGUCCAAACGGGGGAUUGUGUGAUGAGGCCAUGGUGAGACCAACGAGACACUUGUUCAAUAUUCCAAAUGAAGAACAAGGGUCAGCAUCCCACAGAUGGGAAUCAGUCCAAAC